CCUCUAGACUGCUUUUUGAAUAACUGUCAAAAUUACAAAAUGGUCAGCCUAGAUUCACAUAAUUCACUUUUUUCUGGUGGUUUUGACCUUCGUUACCAUCUUAAAAUAACGCAAGAAGCUAAAGAGGAAGAUCUGUGGUACAUUACCCAUCUCUCAAUCAGGUGUAGUAAAAUGGUUGUUUUUGCUGGUUUUUGGCAGCUGAGUUCAAUAUCAGCUUAAGGCCACUCAAGGCAUGACUAUCUAAGUAAAUAUGCAUAUUUUGAUAAAAUACUAUUUAGAACGGUUUGCUUCUAUCAAUGAUCCUGAAAACUGAAGUACAAAUGCAGCCAAAUGGCUUUAGCAAUAUGAGACAUAUUUUUAGAAGCAGAGUUGUCAGAAAGUUUUGAAGUAGACAGCUGAGUGUCAAAGUAAGCGGCAGUCCAGAGAUAUUUUAUUUAAAAAACACCAUCCGUAAAGAAAUGCCAAGCAGAGUAGAUGGCAAAUACUAACCAAGUAGGUGGUGAUUUUGGCCGGCAGCCGGCUACUUUUGACAACCCUGUAGAAGGACAAAUUAAUUGUCACAUGACUGAUGAUUGAGAAUUAACGGUCAAAAUAUUUAGUCUUAAAAGGAGAAGGGAUAAUGAAAGAGCAACAAGUUCCUUUUGGUAACAUUAGCUACAUUUGAGAGUCUAUUAAAAAGGUUCUGAAUAACUGCCAUGUAUGUUUACGUUAUAUAGGAAUUGGUAAAUAAUGGGAAAGGGGUCACAUGCAGGGUUGUCAUGAGUAACAAUUCAAGUUGCUGGGUAAAUGCAAUAAGUAGGCGGGGAAUCAAUCAGCUAGGGAUUUCUUUAGGUUCUAUUUUUCUUCUAUUUUCCAAUAAAAGUAGCCAGGGGCCACACCCUUAGUAGCUGGGGGAAAUCCCCGGCCCCCAGCUCUUAGUGACAGCCCUGGUCACCUGACUUGUUAAUUAGUUAAAUAGAUAAUAGGAUGAAAAACAUUUCCAGUCACUUCCAAUCAUUUGUGACGUACACUGUUUAUGUAACAUUUGGUGGUGAAAAUUCCUAAGAUUACAGUUUACAACCCUUCCCCGUUGAGGAAAACAUGUUUUGCGACGUCAUUGACGACGCAAUGUCAUGUGUUAUUUGAAAUCUCAUUUCAUGUGUUAUUUUGUUGAGCCACAUUUGCAGUUCACUUUUCAGCAGACUCGUACCCAGUCGCUAUUUAAGUGUUUUUUGGGAUGAGAGAAGAUUGGGGAUUAGGUUAAGGUGCACGUGGGGUCUCAUGGGAAGGGAAGAAGGAAAAAUAGCUAUUUUUCCUUCUUCCCUUCCCAUGAGACCCCGCGUGCGCCUCAACUUAAUCCCCAAUCUUCUCUCAUCCCAAAAAACACUUAAAUAGCGACUGGGUACGAGUCUGACUUUUCAGGAUCACUGAUGGAGCCAAACCGUCCUAAAUAGCAUUUUUAAAUGGACAUAAUUAUUUAAUUAGGUAGUCAUGCCUUUUACCGCUGCCCGGUUAGCUCAGUUGGAUAACCACCGGUCUGUCGAGCGGGAGGCCGCUGGUUCAAGUCCCAGCCGGACCAACACCCAGGGUCUUUAAAUAACUGAGGAGAAAGUGCUGCCUUUGUAAAGACAUCUGCAAAUGGUUAGACUUUCUAGUCUUCUUGGAUAAGGACGAUAAACCGUAGGCCCCGUCUCACAACCCUUGCAUAUAUAAAUUCUGUGGGACGUUAAAGAACCCACACACUGUUCAUAAAGAGUAGUGGACGUAGUCCCCGGUGUGGUGGUGAGGGACUGUUAUGGGCCCGCAGUAAUUGGCUUCAUGCUGUUGCGGUGGCCCUGCCAAUAACUGGCGAAACUAAUAAAAUAAAAAAAUAAAAUAAGUGGCCUAAGUAAGCUUCAAUGUAACAUAAUUUAAUGUGAUAGGUUUACAGAUGUACGACAAAUUCCAAUGCAAGUACCAUAACUCCUCCCCCUUUUCAGGUGAAGAAAUUUAUUAAGCCCCCCUCCCUUUUUCCCCCUUUCCCAUCUACCUUAAUUCUUUAUAACUGUAACACUUCAUGUGCAAUGAUCCAGUAUCUAUAUGCUGUAAUAACAAGGUGACCGUAUUAGUGAGGGUUUCUGUACAAGAAAAUAUAUGGUUGUUUUUGUUGGGCAGCCAAAAAAAGUGGCUGUAAUAACAAGGUGACCGUAUUACUAAGGUGGCUGUAAGGUGGGGUUCCACUCUACAAGCACCAGAAUGCUGCAGAAAUAUUUCGUUUCUUCAUGCAAGUAAGGAUUACUGCACAGGCAGCCCAAGCUCGGUGCAUAAAGAAAAUCACCGCAAGUUUCAACACUGUUUUGCAUAUUACGAAUUAUUUUUAGACUUUGUAUGAGAAAUUCAACACAAAUAUUCAACAGAAAUAUGUACUAUAGUACAAUAUAGAACAAUAAAUUGUACUUACGUAAACUUGCGUAUAUUGUUGUUUUUUUCUGUGUGACCUGGGCUCAAUUCAUGGCCAUUUUACAUGGUUUUGUGGCUUCUUGUUUGUUCGGUGUUGUUUUCCUACAUAAAGCGAAGUAAUGCAGGUGACUAUGUGUAGUCUGAACUCUCAAAUCUCCAUGGCAUCAAAGAACUGCUCUAAUUCACCAUGAAAUGGCCAGGUGAGGGCAGAACUAAGUGAACCAAAUUUACUCGUAAGUAUAUGUAAGCUAUCUAUUUGUGUCUAUCUUUUUUGUGUCAGUGAUUUGCCCAACAAGCAAGAAACUGUCACAUCAGGACAGGCUAAACAUAUAGAUAUUUUGUAUAUUAAUAUAACAUACAAUGAGAAGUACAACUACUAAUGUUUGCUUUUGAAACAACAGUCUGAAGUUUUAACAAUAUUUCUCUGAUUUCCCCCUUUAGCGGCAAAAAUGCCACAAUUAAUCAUGUUCAUUAUUAACAGUAAAUAAAAAUUAAUGCUGUGUAUCAUCAUCCUUCAUUGCCUUUCAGCCCAAAACGAGAUGUGUUUGCAGUAGGAGGUUAGUGGCAGUGUUUAUAUCAACUUAAUGGAGUAAAUAUGUGGACACUAACUUGUUGCAUUAACAUGGAAAAUAACAAUGUUUACUGAAUAUCAGUUAUAACAGUGCUUAUAUUUAUGAACGGAACACUUUUGACUUUGUUUAGGUCCACAGGGCUCAAUAAAACUCUUCCAAAUAGACACAUUACUCUACUGUGGAGAUUUCCAAGGUAAAUGAAUGUUAUGAGAUAAAAAAGGCUAGUCAGAAAAUUAUUUUGUUCAGCAGUUAAUGUUAGGUACAAAAAUUAACUUCUUGCACAAUAGAGAAUCACCAACAGAUCAAGCCAAUGUACCAGAUUUACAGAAAAUAGAUAAUAUUACGUGUUUGAGUUUGUGAUGUUAAUAGAUAAAUUAUUAAAUGUAUUGUAUGAAGUCAUUUUACUACUUUGUUGGAUCAGUUUACUUUUCUUUUUAAUUGGGCAGCAUAUAUUUUUUAAUUAUGCACACCAUGUAGUACACAAUGUUUAGAAAGACUAUUACAGUGAAACCUGUAUUAAGCGGACACCGUAUUAAGCGGACAGUAGCCAAAGUCCCGAAAUUUAUUUCCCUUAUUUACUUUAAAUGAAACCUUUAUUAAGCGGACACCUCUAUUAAGCAGAUGCGGACACCUAAAAAGUACCCGAAAUAGUCAUUUCUAUUGUUGCCAACCUGUAUUAAAUGGACACUUGUAAUCAAAUUUCACUACCCAACAUGCCAGACACUGGAAAUGCGAAAGAUUAUCUCGAAUUGCUACCCACAACUUUUUCGAUUUUUACAUUAAAAAACGUGACUUGACGAACUUAUUUGAUUAGUUUCACAGUACAGUAUUGUUUUCUAUUUCGUUUUGUUUGUAUAAAGCUUGUUUCACUCAUCUGAUUUCUUCAAAUUUGAGUUGCAAUCUAUGUUUAUGGUACUAUGACCAAUUGGUCCACUUUGAUAAAGAAAUUAAUGCAAACAUAUAUCGUCAAAGUCUCUGGGAGUAUUCUUAACAUUUCCACUGUUCAUUUGAAUGGCAUUUGACAUCUCAUAUGAUGCUAUCUAUCGAAACCUGUAUUAGGCGGACACCCUGUAUUAAGCGGACACUACAGCAUUCCCCGUGGGUGUCCGCUUAAUACAGGUUUCACUGUAUUGAAAUAAAACCUGUAGAAGGAAUGCUGCAUUCAAAUGGGAAAUACUUUGUGGAAGAGCACUUAGCCUUUUCGUAUCUAGCCUUUUCUUUUAAUUCAUGUGAACGGGAUUGAGCCUAUCUGUAUCGAUGCCCACCACCUUUUCGCAGACGUUUCCUCCCCUCUUUUAUUUUUAUUUUAGGGGUGGGAGUGUCUCGCUACGCGUAGCCGGCUAAAAUUGAAUCAUGACGAAGUCCGCUAAGUGAGAAUGAUAGGCCUUCAGCUUCUUGUUAUGUGAUUUAUUCCCACCGUGUAAGGCCUACAUCUGGCAAAUUUUUCCUAUGCCGAGAAUUUUUCAACCGACUCAGAACUACAUUGAUGAAAAAUUUUAUUUACAGUUCAUUUUGUUAAACUUGUUUUUCCUUAACGAGUUAAGAUAAUAUUAAUGUUAACGCGGCGCAUACUGUUUUCCUUUUAUUGGCUGACCAAAAGUGGCUUACCAGUCAGUAUUAAUUUCGGUAUACGCAUGGUCGUCUUUAUUUUGAACACAAUAUAAAUAUAAAGCGAAAGGACAGAGCAAAAGGACAGGAGAAUGUAAUGAGAACGUAUGAGUAUUUUCCUUACUGUAAGUUGAAAUCAUUCCCACAAUAAAUGAAUGUGUUCAGUCUGCUGGAUAUCUUGUCACCUUCCUCGGCGCAUUAUCAGCGCGUUUUAUCAAUAAGUGAUCGUUAAACAAAGGACUGUUCCCGUCUUCAAUGCAGAAAUAUAUAAGUUUCAUUUGUGGUCUCUGCACAAACGAGAACUUGGCGUGAUGAAGCAGGUCAAAGCCCGAUAAUAAAAGAUGUGUAUUCCUCGCACUUAAAGCAUGUCAUCAACUGCCUUUUCCUAUUCAUUAUUCUUCCACUUCGGGACUGCGGGAGCAGUCGUUUCACUCGUCGUUCUUUAAGUAUUCUUCGACUGCGGGACCAAAGGAGCAGCAGAUUCAACUUAGGCUGAGACAGUUUCUGUUUAACAGCUAAAAAUAAGACGAUCGGUGAUGAUACAAACUGGAAAAAAAAAACGGUUACCAUGUCCUUAGGUUCGCUUCAUAGAGUAAUCCCCGCUAUGUCGGCCGCUAUAUCGACCGAUGUCUCGCCUUUUACCCAGCAAGUUUUUUCACAGGUACUCCACUCAAUAAUUAGAAACAAAAUAAUAAUAAUGAUAAUAAUAAUAGUCCAAACAGAAGAUAACAGGAUUAAAAACCGCAAGCAGAAGGCAACCAGUUAGCUUUUUACAAGCAUGACUGAGAAGUUAAACAUGGGGUGAUGGACAAACAAAUUUUACUAGCAGUCAGAAUGGAAUUCAGAUCCUCCAACUCCUGCUUGUGAGUCCAAUGUGGUGACCACUACUGUUAAGUGUUCCAUGAUACAGAAUUGAUGAUUGUGUGCUUCAUCACUGUCCUCAAGUGAUUACACAACUACAAAACCAACAAAAUAUUUCAGUUUUCUGAUCAUGUGCCUAUCACAUAUGAUACUUAAAUUGUAUUAAUAGAAACUUGCAGAUCUUUAGAUAGGAAAUGUGAAAAGGAAGCCUAUGAAGCUUUGAGUUUGUACACAUAUGUUUAGGUUAUUCAAAUGGCUAGUAAGUUACAAAUUCAUUCUUUUUAGACUCAGUGCAAGUGAAAAAGAAAAACAUAAUAGUUUGUCCACUAAUCAUGAAAUCAUAAGGUUUGUUUACGGUUUUUGAUAGAAAAAGGGAAUGCAAUUUCUGAUAAACUCCUGUAAUCUUAUAAUACACAUUAAAAUAUUAUGCAGACUCAGAGCAAGUGAUUGGUUGAAGAGACUUUCAUUGUUUGUUUUUCACAGCUCAUAAUGGAAGGAUAACAGGUUUGAACUUUUGUCGAACGAACCAGCAUUGCUUUUGGACAACAUCCUCUGAUACGGCUGUCAGGUACAAAAUAUUUUUGUCACAAUGGUGACAUCGUGUACAAGGUUUAAGUUUUAUACACUGAACAAUCUUACAUUAUUUUAAAAGUAAUGUUCAUUUUGAUUAUUGCAUUUUAUAAAUUAGCAUUAAACUAUGAGGGUCAUUCAUAAGGAAACUUGAAUCAAAUGUUGCCAUAUAAAAAGCACUACACAAGCUGGAAAUAUUUAGUGAGUGUUACAGUACUCUUUCAAGUAGAUUUUAAUAUAUAGUGACCCUUUUUAACAUCUUUUUAGUUUCUGGGACACAAGGGAAGGAUACAGGUCACCAGUGUACAGAAUUCUGAGUAAGUGGUCAGUCCAUCUUCCUUCUAAAGAGCAGGUCAAUUCUAUUGGAUUGAUAAUCACUUCUUUAAAUUUUGUGAUGAUGAUUCAGUUAGUUGUUGGUGAAGGAGGUAAAAACAUUCCUGUCAUUCAAGCUUCCUUAAGCCCUUUCGAUAAAAAUAAUAAGCACUGCAGGCACUAAAUUGGAUCUUUACAGCUGCAAUGUAAUUGUGAUAAUAGACAAAUUAAUCAGAGUAGCUUUUGAAAAUUGAAUGAUGCUCGACAAAGGUAAAAAAAUUAAAAUCAUUCAUUUUAAGGGAGCAAGGGAUGGCACAGAGGUGAGAGAAUUUACCUCCCACUAAUGUGGCCCAGGCUCAAAUCGCAGCAUCGAUGCCAUAUUAUAUGCGUCAAGUUUAUUGUUGGUUUUCUUCCUUGCUCAGAGAGGUGUAUCUCCGGGUACUCUGGUAUUCCUCUCUAGGGUGGAAAGAAAAUCAUUUUUACAGCCUGCCAUUCGGGCAAGCUGAAGCUAGCAGUUACUAGCCCAGAUGUCAUUUCAACUAGCCCCAAAAAAGUUUUGACUAGCAAAAUUGAUUUCCCGCACAGUUCUUCUGUUAUUCAAAUUCCUCAAAAAACCUCACUUGCCCUUUGGGCAAGUUAAAAACAGAAUUCACUAGCCCGAUAGCAAAAUCCACUAGCCCCGGGCUAUCGGACAGUACUUUCUUUGCACGCUGCUCUCUCUUCAAAAACCAACAUUUACAAAUUCCAAUUUGACCAGGAAUUGUAUAUGAAGUACCACUAUCUGGAUGUGCUACCUCUAAAUUGUUAUUUAUUUAUUUACUGAUACAUUUGCUCACAUUGUUCCAGGUCCAAACAACUGUCCCUUUUCUGCUUGUGGUUUAAACUGUUCUGAUGAGAUCGUAGCAGCUGCUACAGACCCAUAUGGUGAAGAUGUUUGCCUGUACCUUUGGUAAGAUUUCUUGUCUCAAAGGUAUUGCCGUUUCCCAUACACUCUCUUGAAUCUCUCCAAAUGGACACUUCUGCUUACCCCAGAGAUGCCAAAGGUAAUACCAACACCUGAAACUUGGGGGUGUCCCUUUGGUGAUCAUAAAAGGAUGCGUGGUUUUAGAUAGCAACAUCAUUAUUUACAUUAUUUAUGUAAAGAAUACAUAAACUCCAAGUAACUAUUUUUGUAGGGAUACAAGGAAACUAGGCAAUAAGAUGCUGCAGAGUUAUAUGGAAGUGUUUACAGAUUCCCAUAAUGGUGAAAUAACACAGGUAAUAUACUAUACUGUCAUUUUACCAUGUGCACAUAGUUAAUAGAAGUGGAUCCAUUCCUCCGUGUCUUGGUGUAACUUAAGAUUGUGUAGUGUAACUUUUUAUGAAGGAUAGUAUUAACCUAACUUAUGAAAUGACCCCUGGGUUCAACCUCUCACAGUAUCGUUGUAAUGUUACUUUUUUUAAGCACGUGUUCCCACUUGUCAUCCCCACUGAGAAAGGGACAUUUCUUUUUCUGGUGUAUCUUCUUGGACUUUUUUUGAGAGAACCUGUAUUGGAUCAACCUCGGUCAGUCACUAAAUGACCAAUUAACAAUUAGUGCAUGUGUAAACAUGCGUAUGUUGAGAUAUUGAGCAAGUGGGAAGUUUGGAGAACAUGAAAAAGGCGGAAGAGUUGCUUGAGGCAUAGCGGAGGGCAACUCUAGCCUCUUGAGUGUUCUCCAAACUUCCCAAGUGCUCAAUAUCUCAACAUACACAUGCACAGCUGAAGCAGGAACUAAUUGUUUUAUAACAUUGUCAAAGCGAUCAAUGCAGAAGUUAACUUAAAUUUUUGUUAUUGUAGUGCAUGCUCAAACCACGACGUGUCAGUGUCUCUGUGGUAUAUUUUUUACCUUUUAGUUAUGUUUUUGUCUGAAAACUAAGAGAAAGUUUACUCAAGUUGCUUAACCCAUUCACCCUGAACCGCCCGUAACCGCCCCCUUGUGGGUCCAGGUACUUUCUAUCCUUUGUGACAUCAUCAGUUUUAAUGGUCAAGGACAACUUUCUUCGCUAACUUGUGCAGAGUGAAGACAUCUUUCAAAUCAUACCAGAAUGAGCACAAUUCAGUCAAGGACACCGGAGAGACAAGCAAAAAACCACGUGACAUUGACCUGAAAAUCUCCAUGAAAAUCUUGUUCCAUUACCCACCUACCUUUCCUUUCACCUAAUCCUAAGAUCUUAAAAGCUUUCCUAAAAACUCUUCCCACCAAAAUGAAGCCUACUAAAUGCCCAGCAAGAGAAAAAAAAAUGAGGCAAGAAAAGCGAAAAAAGAAGGGAGGAGAGAAAGUGAAAAGUCAGGACUGCUGUGUCACUUUUAAACCCAAAAACUUUUGCUUUCUGUGCAUGCCCAAACUUCACAAGCUGAUAUUUUGCAUCUGUAUCAGAGGGCCGCGAAGUGUACGACCUGUAAACCGGUUUGUGGUAAGUUUUAGCUCUUUAUAGCACGACAAAGACCAGAAAACCACUUGACUAGCUUCAAAACGCGUUUUUCGGCAAAAUCUCCAGGAGCGAAUGGGUUAAGAUUCAAUUUUAUCCAUGGUUUAAAUUUUAUGUUCUUUUGUUUUGGGGUAGGGUAUUGUAUGAUAACAAGUAUGAAACAAAAGGAAUAAAAUUUUAACCAGGGAUAAAAAAUUGAACCACAACAUUAUUCUAGAUGUUCAUGAGAGGAUUACAAAUUUAACUUGAUUCUGAGGCCCAGACAUUUUUUACUUUGAAAAUUGUUUAUAGUGUUAUUGCUGCCACACUGAGUGAGGCUGAAGUGAGUGAAUGAGGCAACUCUCUAAUCGGCAAAAAAUUGCAUUGCAGGGGCAUUCAAUCACUUUUUCUUGCCAGACGCAAGGAAUUGUGGUUAUGUGUGAAUGGAAGAUUUAGGAUGUGCAGUAGACUCGCAAGGAAUUGUGGUUAUGCUGGAAUGGGAGAUUUAGAAUUCGCAGUGGAUUACCACGUGCUUUCUUCUUACACUAAUUUUGAACUGCAAUUUGAAUAAUUUGCAAUCUCAUUAAAUUGUACAAACAAAAGGUCUAAUUAGCAAACAAACAACUUUGCCCUUGCUGCAUACUUUUGCAGUUGCCCAACACUUGUCAUCCGAGAACCAAAGUCAUUCAUAAUGAAUUCAUUAUAGUUGAUGUCUAGACAGAAUGAAAGCAAGGUUCAAAACCUCUAUAUCUCUGGGUUGGUUUUCAGAAAACAGAACAUGCUCAAGACCAGCAAAAUAGCGUAGCAUAUGGACAAAGAAAUAGCUUCACUGGAGCAAGCAGCCAUUUUAUAUAUUUCAAGCAUAUUUUCACAAAAUGCAAAAUUUUAUAAAUAAAUCAGUUUUAUUAUUUGCUGUGGCUGUAUGGCUGGUAAGCGGUCAAGAUUUACAAAACACUAAAUGACUGGCAGUCAGAUAUUUUGACUAUAGUGAUAAGGGUUAAACACUGACGAUACUGAUUAGGGGUAAGCACUGAAAUUACUAAUUAGGGUUAAGCACUAACCAUACUGGUUAGGGUUAAUGGUUAGCUUCUAUUUUGGGUUGGGGUUUUCACCAUAAUAUUUGUUUGAAAUCACCAUCUUGUAGCGAAACCAUGUUGGUCUAGUGGUUAGAGUGUAGUAGUAUGCAGACCCUAUGCUCCCAGAUCGAAUUCGCUCGCAUUCGAGUGUAUUUUUUUCCAUUAAAAUUGAAGAGAUUUACACUUUAACAACUUAUUAAUAGUACAAUAAAUUAUGUUACCAACAGAUUCAUGAAAUUCAACACUGACCCCACUCUUUCAAGGCUAGUUGUUGACAUUUUGAUUGAAAAUAAAUGAUUGCAUUAGAUAACCCAUUCUGUUUAUCUUUAGAUUCAGUUUAGUCCAUUACAGACCCAUCAAAUGGCUUCUGGUUCAACUGUAAGUAUGUGGUUUCUAUAUGAAAAUUGGAAAUAUUAAAUGUUCUUGCAAAGAUUCUUGUCACAGGAGUGGUAAUGUCAAAGACGAGGUCACUACAGAAAGGGUAUUAUUGUUCUUAUAACAAAUAAAAAGAUCACAGUGUGUAUAGUCACUGGCUGUUAAUCUGAACUUUUAGUGUCCACUGGAGCCUAUUGAAAUUUCUUUCCUGGGAUUGAAAAAAUACAGCAUUGCGAGCUGCCAGUUUGGAUCAAGCUUAGCUGGUUGGCUUCCUGGCAUGAUGUCAUUCUAUUAAAGGUGGAACUUGCAAGAAACUGCUGAAAACAGUAGCCCAGCAAACCACAACUGAGGCUGGUUGAGGACUUCUUUAUGUUAUACGUUCUUUGGAAGCAUCUUCCAAUUUUAAUAAUUCCAUGUUUCACUAAUGAUGUCAUUCCAGAAAACCAAGUUGCUAAGCGUGAUACAAAAUGACAUGCCUUCCUCCAUAAACUGUGUUGAAACUCAGAAAAUUAUAAGAGAUUAGUUGAUUUAUCCUUGAAUUUCUUUUAAAAGGGGUUAAUGACCCAACCCCUGGACACCCUUCUGGCUAAAACCUUACCAGUAUUAAACUUAACUGAAUAAUCAAAAGGUCAAAAAUCACGGCCAGAAAUACAAGUUGACAAUAACAACUUAAUAAGUGAGUUUAAGAAAACUGAAGCAUGGCUUGAAUUAAUUUCAGGAUGGCUUGAUUUGUUUGUUUGAUGUACGUAAAGGAAGUGAGGAUGACUGUCUGGACUCAGUACUUAACACCUGCUCAUCUGUGGUAUGGAAAUAGCAGUAAGCCAUUUUUAUGAGGUUAUUUAAUUGACUUAAGCCAUGAUACAGGAAAAAAAGAAAGUACGGGGGAAAAUUAAAGUUGAAAAAAAAAAACAAAUUUAUAGGGAUAACUAAAGAAGUUUACAUUGUGGUCCACAAGUACAGAAGCAAGUAAGGAAAGGAACAAAUAACAAGAGUAAACAGAACAAGUAAGAAUCCCAACAAACGUAGCACUGCUAAGAACAAUUCCAGCCAGCUGCUAGCCGUUUUAGGGUGUGGCUUGAACUUGUGGUCCUCAAAUUCUCCAGCACUCUCACUAUUUUAGCCAUGCGGUCUCCUUAUAUAGAACAACCAACCAUUUUAUUUGCCAACUUAAAACAACUUUUACAAAAAACAGAAUGAAUUAAAAUAGAUCAGGUAAAAAACUACUCAGAAUUAUAGCAAAAAACUAAACAAGCUGAGUAGUUACAAAUAUUUGAAUUACAUUCUAUAGGGUUGUGACACGUGAAAGAUAAAGAGGAAAAUAACUUAAAUUUAGGCAAAAAAAUGAUAGUAAUGAAAAGUAAAUAAGUAAAUUAAUUAAUUUAAAAAAAUGAAAUAGAACACUGCAAAACAAAACAGUACCAGAUAACUAUAAAGUUUACAUUGAUAAGGGUAAGUCAUACCAUGCUAGCCAGCAUCAAGAGUAUGUGGAUAAAAGAUUUGCCUUCAUCAUUUGCUUAAAUAAAAGCAAAGAACCACUUUUUAAAUUUUCAUCUUGACAGAUUAUUCAGAAGAUUAACAGAAGGACCAGAGAAGUGUAUAUUAACUUUACAGUGAUUAGUUCUAAGCUGAUCAAUAUAAUAAGUUGAUGUUGAUGCUAGCCUAGUACUAUUCCCAUGAAGUUGUUGUGAUGCAAAUGAUCAUAAAGGACCAUAAAAUCAUUUAUUUUCCCUCCCAGGCCCCAGUUGGUCAAAAGGAGGAUAGUGUGAUCUUGCAGGCUGCAGUUUUUCAGAAUUUUUUUUUCACCAUUAGCUGGAGUGUAGAUGAUCCACAAUUAUUUAUUCACAUUGCAUCAAAUAUAUAAAUAUUACUGACAGGAACCUUAUGUCAGUCUGACCUCCCAUCCGGGAAGGACAUUUCUGCUUGCAACUUGUGAAGCAUUUGUGAGUUGUAAUAAUUAUUGUCUUCCUUUCCAGAGCCAACUUGGAUAUUAUGGACCAUCGUAUUCAAGUCUUUAUUGUGUGACCCAUAUAGAAACUCUUCAACUCUGGGAUGUACCUGAGGCAAGGCUAUUGCUGUGUAUUUUAUGGGAUCUUACUUUGUAUUUGAAUACCAGCUUCUCUAAUACAAAAUAGGGUAUUUCUAGGGACUGCUGAUACUCAUUUACUUCUUCACCAUCUACAAGAAAUUAUGAUAGUCAUGAUAGCCUUCUCAGCAGAAUAACAGGGAAGUACGACAAGAAAUUAUGACUGAACCAGCAAAAAAAGAAAAAAAGCAAAAAAAUUGAGUUAGGAGCAAAACAACUACUUUGCAGUUGCAUCACACUUUUCGGUAAAUUUCUUAGCCGUCCCUGCAUGACUACCAAAUGUUAAGUUUUCUUUAGAAAACACGGAGAGAAAGACAAUACAUUUUACAAUAUCUCAUAAUAUCUGUCUGAGCUUAGAUGUAGUACCCUUUCUUCAGUUCCAACCUAAUUUCCUAACUUUUAAUAGCCAGGUGAGUUGAAAUAAUUGCUAAAAAAGUGGAAAGAAGGUGAAGUCAGCUUUUCCGUGAUGCCUUCAUUUGCAAGGUUAGGAGAAUUGAUACAAUAAUGACCAUGGAGCAAAUGCUUUGAUCUUUGAUCAAAUUAUCACAAGUUAUCAUCAAGGAAAGUCUGGAGAUGAGUCUGGAGAAUUUGCAUGUGGAUAUUGGAGCUGAAAGGGUUAACAAAUUUAGGAUUAAUUUAGGUUUCUAGGAAACUGCCCACCUACCCCUCCCCUAAGCCAUUAUUUUGCCCUAAGUGAGAAGUAAGUGUUAAUGUUAGCUUAGGGGAGGGGUAGGUGGGCAGUUUCCCAGAAACCUAAGGUGAUCCCAAAGUAGUAUAGUUGCUGUUUUGCCAUUUGGGAUGCAUGGGGUUCAAACACUGGCUGGACCAAAAAUGUAGUCCUUAGUAGGUGAUCAUAUUUGAAUGAUAUUCAUUUCUUUAAUUCUUUUUUUUUUCAGGCAACAAUGACUACUGAAUUUAAAAAUCCAAGAGAAGAAAAUGGGGUAAGUUUUAAACCAUAAUUUGUAGUUACAUGCAAUGGUUGCCUUGGCGAGUUGAAAACAAAACAAGAUUGGGAAAACUUCAGGAAAAUAUAUGAGGCGAUUUAAAGUUUGGAUCUGGACUGAAAGAACCUCCAUAUCCCUUCACUCCACCCUCUUCAGAGAAACCAUUGGCCAUUUACACAUCUUACCGUAGUACCCCUUCAUUGUUGCCUUUCUAAAUGUUGCAGAACCUUUGUUUUAACUUUCUCCUGGGUAUAGGGAGAAGAAAAGUGACGUCACGUUACUAUGGUAGCAAAAUUUCUGGAUCACAACAGGAGGGAGUUUAAGCAACGACGACGGCGACGGCAACGAGAACGGAAAAAAAAGCAAUAGGUUUAGAUAAGCAAAACAACAACUUUGCACACGUGUGCAUCACGCUUUUUUGUACAUUUCUUAGCCGUCGUUGCACGUCUGCGACAUAAAACUUCCUAAUUUCACGCGCCCUCUUUACGGAGUAGGUGAACAAAACAUAACAUUUUCCUUUUCUUUUUCUAAACUUGGAUAGGCCCUUUCGGAUUCGACCCCAGAAACUUUUGCCAACAUUUGACAAAUUAAACGAAAUUGAAUAAGAUCGAUGUAGUUUGAACCAGUGCGAAAUUGAAAACAAUGCCUAUGGAAAAUCUUGAGGCGGGGGAAACAAGAUGUAUUACGGAAGAUGUACAAACGGCAAAUAGGGCAUCAAUGUCCGCUUAGUUAAUCCUUCUUAGAUUUAUCCUUAAGGCUUCCUUAGUUGACACUCCAUCUUCUUGAAGGUACUGUUGGGACUUCCUUAGUCGUGACCCCAAGUGAAUCCUAAUCCCCUCAUCCUAUCCACUCUACUAGGAACUACAUACCCACUUUUAUCUUUCUACGUGUUGUUCUUAUGAUAACAAUUACGCCCCGGCAGUUAUUGACAUUUUGGAGAAGCGUUGUUUCGCAGUGUUGAUUGUGAUGUUGAUUUGCUUCUUUUUAAUUCUUUGUGUGAAUUUAGACUGCAGAUCGACUGGAUUACUUCAUUGACGGUAUCUAUCAUCCACUAAAAAAUCAACUGUUUUUUAUUGGAGGAACACACAGGUAAAAAUGUUGUACUUGGAAAGGAGCCACAGUCUAUUCUCUUUCCGUUUUGGUAACCGUCUUUCUCAAGUGAGUUUGUUGGUCGCUUAACGUAUUCGCCCCUAAAGUGCCCGUAACCGCCCGUUCGGAUUCACGUCCCUUAUACCACAUGUGACGUUAUCAGUUUAAACGGUCAAAGACAACUUUGUCAGCUAAGUUGUGUGGAAUGAAGAGAACUUUUAAACCACACCAGAAUGAGCACGAUUCAGUCAAGGAGUCCGCAUAAAAAGGCAAAAAACCAUGUAGCGUUGACCCGAAAGUUCCCAUGAAAAUCAAUUUUCACUACCCACCUACCUUUCGUUUCAUCUAGUCCUAAGAUUCUAAAAACUUUAACCAGAAAUUUUCCCCCCGAAAUGAAGCCUACUAAAUACCCAGGAAAAGAAAGUGUCAAGACUGCUGUAUCACAUUAAACCUCCCAAAAUCUCGAAAUUUUGCGUUUUGCGCAUGCCCGAACUUCGGAAGGUAAUAUUUUCCAUCAGGAUCAGCAGACCCUGUAAACGGCUUUGUGGUACGUUUUCGCUCUUUAUAGCCAGAACGUGACCAGGAGACGGCUCGACUGGCAUUAAAACGCGUUUUUCGGAGAUAUUCCCAAGAGCAAGGUUUUUAAUAAUACAUACAGUUGAA